GUGGAGCCUACGAAGGCUAAAAGAUUUGAAUUUUAUGAAGUUAGGUUAAGUUGUAUAGACGACUGGGCAGAUAAAUAUAUUUGAGAAUUUACUUUAAAUGACAAAAAGUUUUUUACAGUCUGACAGCAUGGCUAACCUAAUCGAGGAUAUCCUGAAGUAUUUAUCAGAAAACCAGAGUGUCAAUACAUUGAAAUAUGCCCAACUCUACAAUGAAGACCACCAAAAAGUCAUAGGAGCCCUAAAGAGUAUUCAGGCCCACGGCGAUUUGGUAGUGGCCGAACCUAUUAGUGAGACUAAAAUUGAACUUACAGAAGAAGGAAAACUUGUAGCAGAAAAAGGAAGCCAUGAAGCCAAUAUUUAUAAAUCUGUGCCUGAAGAUGGUAUAGAGCAGUCCAAGUUGAUGGGUCUUCCCAACGCCAAGGUAGGUUUUAGCAAAGCAAUGUCGGUUGGGUGGAUAAUUGUCGAUAAGAGUGUCAAACCACCUCUCGUCAAAAGAAAAAUACCUGAGAUAGUUGAUACCGUUCAAAAUCAUCUCGAUCUUAUCAGGACCGGUGAUGCCUCAAAAAUCACUGAUAAAGAAAAACAAGAGUAUAAGAAACGAAAACUCAUUCAAGAAGUCAUCAUAAAAAGCUUCAAUCUGACGAAAGGUCCGGAAUUCUCAUUGACUCUAACCAAACUUGAAACGGAUCUAAACACCGACAUGCUCUCAUCUGGAAGUUGGAAGACGCUCAAAUUCAAAGAGUAUAACUUCGAUGCCAUGGGAGUCGCCCCCGAGUGUGGCUAUUUGCAUCCGUUACUGAAAGUACGAGCAGAGUUCAGGCAGAUUUUCUUGGAAAUGGGUUUCGCCGAAAUGCCCACCAAUAAUUACAUUGAGAACUCUUUCUGGAACUUCGAUAGUCUGUUCCAGCCACAACAGCAUCCUGCUCGAGAUGCUCAUGAUACUUUCUUCAUUUCGGACCCAAAAAUAAGUACUAAGUUUCCCCAGGAUUAUUUGGAGAGGGUGAAGAAAGUCCAUAGUAAAGGAGGAUAUGGAUCUUUGGGCUAUGGCUAUGACUGGAAAAUCGAAGAGGCUCAGAAAAAUAUUCUGAGAACCCACACGACGGCGGUGAGCGCUAGGAUGUUGUACAAGGUGGCCCAACAAAAGGAGUUCAAACCUGUGAAGUUGUUCAGCAUCGACAAGGUCUUCCGUAACGAGACUCUGGACGCAACUCAUCUUGCCGAGUUUCAUCAGGUAGAGGGCGUCAUCGCAGACUUCAAUUUGACCCUGGGGGAUUUGAUUGGGGUGUUCACGGAGUUCUUCAAGAAGUUAGGUAUUACACAGCUGGAAUUCAAGCCGGCUUACAACCCUUACACGGAGCCCAGCAUGGAGAUUUUCUGCUUCCAUCCGGGUUUGGGAAAAUGGAUAGAAAUCGGUAAUUCUGGUAUAUUCCGUCCAGAAAUGUUGUUGCCCAUGGGUUUGCCGGAGGAAGUGACCGUCAUAGCUUGGGGGCUGUCGUUGGAAAGGCCUACCAUGAUCAAGUACGGAUUCAAUAAUAUUCGGGAUUUGGUUGGUCCGAGGGUCGAUCUGGAGAUGGUGCAGAGGAGUCCUAUAUGCCGGUUGAACAAGUAGUUUGCUGGAUCUAUUCGAAGUUAUUUACGUUUCAAAGUGAUUGAAGUCUUAUAAUUUAUUGCAAAUUAAACUUUUGUAAAAGGG